AUGGAGCACGUCGCUCCCCCUUCUGGCUCCGUGGUGGCUGUCAUUCCGCGAUCAGGCUCUGGCUCGGAUUUCGCGCAUCCCCACAGCUAUAUGGAGAUCGCUCCACCUCAUUGCCUGAGGGAGGAUGUUGCAUCACACAUGGAUGUGAUGGUGAAGUCGGGUUCAGCUUUCCUGAACCCGGAUGGGGAUUCUGGGCCUGAGACAGAUGGCGAGCCACAGCUCACCUUCUACACCGACCCCAACCGCAGCCGUCGCCGCAGCCGAGGUAUGAGAAACGGUAACGCCAACCCAGCGUGGGGCUCUGGGGGUAAGGACGACAUCAACACCCAUGUAUUCGUUCUUACUGUACAGGAUGUGGUUCUUUCCGCAGGUUCCAGGUUUGUCCUGUUACAGGGUAGUCAGCUGGAUGCCUCUGACUGGCUCAACCCUGCUCAGGUGCUGCUCUACUAUCAGCAGAAUGCCAGCGGGCCAUGGCUUAGUGAGCUGUGUGGUCGUCGCCUCGUCGACCCUUGCGAACACCAGUGUGAUCCUGAGACAGGUGACUGCCAAUGUUUUGAUGGGUAUAUGAAAGACCCUGUUCACAAGCAUCUCUGCAUUCGUAAUGAAUGGGGACCAAAUCAGGGUCCUUGGCCAUACACCAUUUUCCAGCGUGGUUUUGACUUGGUGAUGGGGGAGCAGCCAUCUGAUCGCAUCUUCAGGUUCACAUACACUCUGGGAGAAGGAAUGUGGCUGCCGCUGAGCAAAAGCUUUGUCAUUCCACCGGCUGAGCUGGCCAUCAACCCCUCUGCCAAGUGUAAGACAGAUAUGACUGUCAUGGAAGACGCCGUAGAUGUUAGGGAGGAGCUGAUGAUCUCCUCGUCCUUCGACAGUCUGGAAGUUCUGCUGGACUCCUUUGGCCCGGUGCGAGACUGCUCAAAAGACAACGGCGGCUGCAGCCGAAACUUCCGUUGCAUAUCUGACCGAAAGUUGGACUCCACCGGUUGUGUGUGCCCUCCUGGUCUGAGCCCGAUGAAGGAUGGCACCGGUUGCUAUGACCACCACAUUGGCAUAGACUGCUCUGAUGGAUUUAACGGUGGCUGUGAGCAACUGUGUCUUCAGCAACUAGCUCCACUUGAGGAAGACCCUACCCUUUACAAUAUCCAGAUGUUCUGCGGCUGCAUUGAGGAUUAUAAGCGCGGGGCGGAUGGCCGCACAUGUCUGCCUCUGUCUGAAUCCUGCACUGAGGGAGUGGACUGUGGCGAGACAGCCGGCACCCCAGCCAAUCAAACCACGUUUGGAGAUGUCUUCUAUGGCUAUGACAACCGCACCAAGGAGAUUACCACAGGCCAGAUCCUUAAGGCUACCUUCAGGCAGAAGAACUUUGCCCGUGGCAUAGAACAGCAGCUUCCAGACGGCAUGGUGGUGGCAUCGGUACCAAAUGAGGCACAGUGCCGUGAGGAGCUCUCUGAUCCAGUUCCUGAUCCCGAGUAUCUCACUGGGAUGGUGAACUACAGCGAAGUGUCUGGAUAUCCACUAGUGCAACACUGGAAGCUUCGUUCCAUUUUGUAUCAUGUCAGGCUUAACCAGUGGACUCUCUCUCAAGCCUUCAGUUCAGCCAUUCAUUCUUUGGAUGGUGCCACACUGCGCAGUGACUUCGUGUCCAUUCUGAAGGAGUUUGGGAAUCAUUUUGUCCAGGAGGCGGUGUACGGCUUCGAGGAGUCCUGCACCAUCUGGUACCCCAAUAAGCAGGUGCAGCGCCAGCUGUGGCUCGAGUAUCAGGACAUAAGCAAAGGUAACUCUCCAUCUGAUGAGUCAGAAGAGCGGGAUAAAGAGGCACGUGCUCUCACCUAUCCAGCCUAUAUAUCCAGCCUGCUGGACUCGGGGGCCAAGCGUUUGACAGCAGGUGUGCGCAUGGACUGCAGCAGCCAGGGCCAGUGCCCACCCUCAUGCCACCUGUGCCACAUGAGCCCUGGGACCCAGCGGCCCACAGAGCCUGUGCUACUCCAAGUCACCAAGGCAGCACCAAUAUAUGAGCUUGUCAACAACAAUGAAACCUACCAGGUGCGUGUGUUAGAUUCGCACAAUAUUAAUUACAUUAGUUUAUUAGUCAUAAAUUAG